UGGAACACUAAGAGCACUCGAUCAAAACGCGACUAAUGAAUUACUGUCUUAAUUAACACGACUAGAAUGGCGUGAUGAUCGCCGAUAAAUAGAUAAAGUUCAAUGGGGUGUAAACAAUUUGUUCGCAUAUUUAUACAUCAUUCUAUGCCUCUCAAGACCAUUUGAACCUUGAUCGCAUCUGUGUGCAGAGCGGAGAAGAGAAGACCACCUCUUGCAAGUUCUCGAGAUCACUAUGAGUUUUUCGUUUGCUGAGUUCCUCUCAGCUGGCCAGAUUUUGCUCUUAUGUUGUGUAGUCUGUGUGUUCCUGACAGGAAAAGCAAUAUGGAAGAAUUCUUUUUCCAAGUUGCCUCCAGGUCCUUGGGGCAUGCCAGUGAUAGGUGCUUGUUUCCGUUUGGGAAAAAAUCCACAUAUUGAGUUCACCAAGAUGGCUCAGCAAUACGGGGACGUGUUCAGUCUAAUGCUUGGAAAUCGCUUGGUGGUGGUGCUAAAUGGACUCGAUGCAAUUCAAGAGGCCCUUAUCAAGCACUCGACAGCCUUUGCUGGCAGACCACAACUGCACUCCUUUCAACUUGGAAAUCGUGAAGGCAACAGUAUUACCCUGAGUGAUUACACUCCACAGUGGCGUCUAACCCGCAAGAUCAGUGUUUCUGUGAUCCAGAGUUUUGCCAAGAAUACAGCAAACUUACAAGAAAACCUGCUACAGGAAUGCCAACGCUUGAUCUGCUGCCUUAAAAAGCAGACAGGUAAACCCGUUGACGCCCUCCUGGCUUUGAAGUUCGCAACAGGCAACAUCAUUCUUAAUGCGCUCUUCGGAGUUAAGUUUUCGUAUAACAACGAAGCCCUUCGAAAAAUACUUGCCAUCUCCGAUCGCUAUGGAAAAGCUAUAUCUGGCAGCGCCAUCGUUGAUUUCUUUCCAUUCUUGAAGUACUUCCCGAACAAGGCACUCUCCGAUCUCGUAACCUUAAUAACGGAAACUUUGGAUCUCCUUGGUAAGAUGUUUAUCAAGAACAAAGAGACCUACACCGAAGGAGAGGUUCGCAACAUCGCCGACAGUUUCAUCGAUACGGUUGAGAAAGAAACAAUGAAAGACAAAGAGAACAGUCCAAACAGUCAGAACACACUCAACAUGGCUCCGCUACUCAGUGAUGAGCAGAUUGUUCAAGGCAUGACAGACCUCUUUGGUGGCGGCUUCGAUACAUCGUCAACAACUCUUAACUGGGCCCUGGCGUACCUGAUCAAGUAUCCCGACAUUCAGUGCCAACUCCAAGAAGAGCUAGACCACGUGGUUGGAAGAGAACGCCUUCCCGUUCUUGAGGACCUGGCCUCACUUCCCCUGCUCCAAGCGACAGUAUACGAGCUUAUAAGGGUAACAAGCCUUGCUCCUCUUUCAGUGCCCCGUUCAACGAUCAAGGAAACGAAAAUCCGCGACUUCGUUAUCCCGAAAGACACGAUGGUCUUUGUUAACUUGUGGUCCGUGCACCGUGACCCAAAAAUCUGGAAAGAUCCGCAUGUUUUUAAUCCAUGGCGUUUCCUGAAAGGCGCUGGGGAGCUGAUCGAUCCAAAGUCAUUUGGAGGUUUCCUACCAUUCUCUGCUGGUCGUCGAAAAUGUCCUGGUGAGCCCUUGGCCUUAAAAACAAUCCCUGUUUUCCUUGCAACACUGCUUCACCACUUCCGAUUUUCACAGGAAGGUUUGCCGGAAGAGUAUCAAGGCAUUAAUCUUGAGGGUAAUUGUGGUCUCACGUUAACGCCGGACAAGUUUUAUGUGCGUAUCGAGGAACGAUUGUAAAUGAACUCAAUAAUCGAAGGAACUGCAAUUUAACUGAUCUUAGCAACAUUAUUCAAUAAUCAUGAGACUACAAGACCAAGAAUGGGACAUGCAACCAUUGGAAAAACUAGUUAGCAUCAGAGUUAAUUAAACGCGACCGAUCUGUACAGUUGACAUGGACUAAUGUUGUACUCAUUAAGAUGGCUUCGUGUUAGUUGAAAUCGCCUUCCAAGACAAGUGUAAUUAAUACAUCGCCAUUUUUUAAUGUAAAACGUAUAAUAAUCAUAACAAUUGUAUAAUCUAUUAAUACCCUAAGUUAUAUUUCACUUGAGCAAAUUUAAUCGAGGUUGAGCUGUGCAUCGCGGCAGUUUUUGCGAGUGUCUUAUCCAGAAAGAAACGUUGUGCACGUAUACGAAAACACCAGAUUGAGAGAGUCACAAUCAUGUAUAUAUUGAUUAAACUUCCCAUCAAACUUA